AUGUUUAAUAGACGAUUGAUUAAUGGAGAAAUAAUUGUUCGUUCAUGGUUAGUUUAUUCUCCAAGUUUAGGAGUAGUUUUUUGUGGGCCUUGUCGUAUAUUUCAAACAUCUUUAGAAACUCAACUUGUUACUGAAGGAUUUAAUGAUUGGAAAAAUGCUAUUAGCCGUUUCAGUUACCACGAAAAUAGUAAAGAGCACAGAGAUGCUAUUAUUAAUUUAAAACAUAGAGGUAAUGUCUUGGGGCGUAUUGAUUAUUCAUUGAUUAAACAAUUAGAUACAGAAAUCGAAUAUUGGAGAAAUGUGUUGAAGAGAGUAGUCGAAACUAUUAAAUCGUUAGCUUCUCGUGGACUCCCAUUUCGAGGACAUGAUUCGUGUUUUGGUUCUGUACACAAUGGUAAUUAUUUAAUGUCACUCGAAUUAAUCGCAAAAUUUGAUCCGUUUUUAGCCGAUCAUAUAGUUCGUUUUGGAAAUAAAGGUAGUGGCUCUACAUCGUAUUUAUCUCACGUGGUAUGUGAUGAGUUUAUUUUAUUAAUGAUGAAAAAAUUAAAACAUAAUAUUGUUAAAGAAUUAAAAAUAUCAAAAUAUUUUUCAAUAAGUAUUGAUUCGACGCCAGAUAUUUCGCACGUCGACAAAUUAUCAUUUAUGGUGAGAUAUGUCCUCGAAACAGGUCUUCCUGUAGAACGAUUCUUAUGUUUUGUUUCAAAUCCAGGACAUAAAACUUUAGAUUUGACUAAUGCCAUUACCAAUACUUUAAAAUCACACGAUAUUGACAUUUCUGACUGUCGAGGGCAAAGCUACGAUAAUGCUAGUAAUAUGUCAGGCCAAUACAGUGGAGUUCAGGCACGAAUAAAAGAAAUUAAUCCACUUGUUUAUUAUGUACCAUGUAGCGCACACUCGUUAAAUUUAGUUGGCAUAUCUUCUGCUGAAAGUUGCUCACAAGCAUCAAUGUUUUUUGGAUUUAUACAACUUCUUUUCCGCAUCAACGCAUAG